GCAAGUUGAUUAUCUAUGUACACAGCUCUGUCUUUCCCUCACGAUGUCCCUCAUAUAAGUGUCCCACCUCCGCCCUACCUUUUACACAGUACAUGGCCAACUACAGCCAUGGAAAUACAUCUCCUCAUGUGUUUGACUGCGGCUAUGCUAUUACCAGUAUGUUAUGGGUGUUCGACAGGAAAGGAGUUCAUCACAACAUUUCUUCCUAACUAUCAGAAGUCUAACUUCUGGCAGAAAAUCUUUUCUGGAAAUGACCAUAAACUCCAACUGGUCUUGACAGCAAUGGACUCCGCUGCUAAUGUCCACAUUCAGGUGGCUUCUGUGGACUUCUCCUUGAAGCUGACCCUGUCAUCAGGUGAAAGCCGUUGGGUUUGUUUGCCACUUGGAGCAGAGCUGCAGAAGCAACUCAUUACCCAAAAGUCAGCAGUUCGAAUUUCAUCCAGUGCUGAAAUCUCGGUGGUUUCUUUCAACCAGCGCAGCAAGUCAGGAGAUGGAACGGUGGUUUCUCCAACAGCAGUGCUCGGAACAGAGUACCUAGUGUUCACGCCGCGAGGAGGCCCACGUUCCAUGGACAAGCUCUUGGCCAUUGUUAAUGGUGACCGCCCAAACCCCGUCACCAUCUUACCGAGCGCUGACGUGCUGCUACGAGGUGGGGGGCGUUGGCAAAGUGGGAAACCAGUGACCUUUACCCUUGAACCUUUUGCGUCCUAUCUCGUACGGAGUCACAGCACUUGGACAGGCCUCAUUCGGUCCAAAUUUCCCGUGGCUGUCAUAGUGGGUCACCAGUGUCUGUCAAUGGGUUUGGGAUGUGAACAUGUGUAUGAACAGCUUCCCCCUGUGGCCAGUCUGGGUAAAUACUACAUGGUGCCCAGGACAGGAAGCCACCAGGCCACGAACUGGGCCGUGAUAGUAGCUACUGAAGACAACACAGAGCUCACAUUGCAGAGAGGUCAUCAUUCAGCAUCCAAAGAGACUCUGAAGACAGCUGGACUCAUCACCUACCAGAAACUGAUCAACAAACAUCCUCUAGUUGUCAAAAGCAACAAGAAAGUCAUGGUGCUCCUUCUUAGCAACAAUAAGCCACAUGACCCUUUUCUGAUGUCGCUGACCCCCACCUGCAAGUUUUCCACGAGCUGGGCCGUGGAGACCGUGAAUGGGCUCUCCAGCACUGUGGCCAUUUUGUCAGAGCGAGAGGGCUCAUCAAGUGUGAAAGUGUGUUUCAAAGGACGCUGCCUGUCACCUCAGUGGAAUAGCUUCAAGUCAGAUCAACAGUGGGUGUGGUCUAAUGUGGCGGUGGGGUCACAGAAGAGUCAUGUGACAGUGGAAGGUGACACACGGAUGGCUGUUUACGUCUAUGGUGGCAAAGAUCGGCACGCGUAUGGAACGGCUGGAGUUUGCUCCGCAGGAACCCCUCCUCCGCCACCACCUAAGGAUCCCUGUGAAGAUGUCAAAUGUAGAGAAAUGGAGAACUGUGUGGAUGGAAGAUGUGUGCCUGCAUCCAAAGCAACCUGUCAUGCCCUUGGUGACCCGCACUAUUUGACAUUUGAUGGCAGACAUUAUGACUUCCAGGGUUCCUGCACGUAUAUUAUGGCAACAGUUGCAGAGAAGGUGUCGGGCCUUACGCCUUUCACUGUGACCACCAAGAAUGACCACCGAGGUAAUCGGCGGGUUUCCUUUGUGAGGACCGUCACUGUCUCUGUUUACCAGCAAACCAUUAUUAUCGGGAAACACAGAAAACAAGUUCAGGUAAAUGGUGAAUUGCAGUACUUACCGGUCAUGCUAUUAGAUGGGCGGAUCACUGUAAAGCGUAGCGGGAUCUACGCUGUCCUCAGAACUGACUUUGGUCUGACUGUGAAAUAUGACUGGAACGUGAGGCUUUACAUCACAGUGCCAUCGUCAUACUAUAAACACCUCGGAGGCCUCUGUGGGAACUAUAAUGGAGACAAAACAGAUGAUUUGCCCGAGCCAAACGGGUCUCGCCUAUCAGCUGUGCUAAAGAUGAUCCAGCAGUGGAAAAUAAAAGAUCCCGAUCCCUUCUGUAAUGAUAAUUGUGGUGGGCGGUGCCCCACAUGUUCACCAGACAAGCAGGCCUACUUUGGUCAGCCCAAACAAUGUGGCAUACUAACACAGGCAGAUGGACCGUUUUCAUCUUGCCACAAAGUGGUCAACCCGUCUCUUUACCUAGACAACUGUAUCUACGAUGUCUGCGUCAAUAAGGGUGCGAGACAGAUUCUCUGUGAUAACCUGAAGAGUUAUAAUGAUGCCUGUCUGUCAGAGGGCAUGAAGGUCAAUCCCGAGUGGAGAAUGGUCACGAAAUGUCCUCUUUCCUGUCCAGCAGGCAGCCACUAUGAGGCAUGUGGCUCAGCGUGUCCUCCUUCCUGUGGGACCACAGACAAUGAAAAGCAAUGUACUGAGCCCUGUGAGGAGGGAUGCCAGUGUGAUGCAGGACUCAUGCUUAAUGGAGACAGCUGUGUUCCUCAGUCAAGCUGCGGCUGCCAGCAUCAGGGCAAAUAUUACCCAUCAGACAGCACUUUCUGGGCCGACAACACUUGUACUACCAGAUGCCAGUGCCACAGUGGCAAUGUCAAGUGCACAUCAGUUACCUGCAAGAAGAACGAGCACUGUGCCUUGAAAGGGGGCGUAAGAGAUUGCUUCCCAGUAUCCUAUGCCACAUGCCAGGCUGUUGGAGACCCCCACUACACAACCUUUGACAAUCGGAGAUUUGAUUUCCAGGGCACUUGCAUCUAUGUUCUAUCGCAACACGAUGAGGCUUCAAAACAGGGCCUGCUACCGUUCCAGGUUCUUGUCCAAACCGAGAACAGAGGACGUAAUAAGAGAGUGUCAUUUGUCAAGUCUGUUUCUCUUACUGUGCUUGGCUCCACGGUCAGCAUGAGUCGUGACGAUCGAGGGAAAAUAUUGGUUAACAGCCGCUCCAUCAAUUUACCUUACAUCACAGAGGAUGGCAAGCUUUCCAUCUUCCGUAAAGGUUACUUUGGCAUUGUGAAAACAAACUUUGGCUUGACUCUCAAGUUCAACUGGAACAGCCAUGUUAGCGUGACGCUUCCCAGUUCAUAUGCUUCUGCUACAACCGGAUUAUGUGGAAAUUACAAUGGGAAACCUGGUGAUGACUUGCUGCAACCUGAUGGCACACAGGCCAAACAUAUUAAUGCAUUUGGCCAUAGCUGGAAGGUCGGAGGAAACUCUGGCUGCACUAGUGACUGCCCUGAUAAUAAAUGCCCAAAGUGUGAGCCUGCACAGAUACUACGUUACCAGCAGGGGCGCUACUGCGGCAUAAUUGCAGACAAAUCUGGACCUUUCAGCGAAUGUCACAGCAAACUUGAGCACUCUGGCUUCCUCGAAGAUUGUGUGUUUGAUUUGUGCAUGUACCAAGGCCAUGCCUCCGCCCUGUGCAACAGCCUUUCAGCUUUCAGCACCUCUUGCCAAGAGGCAGGAGCUACAGUGGAGACUUGGAGAACACAGGAGUUUUGUCCUCCAUUAUGUGGUCCAAACAGUCACUACGAAGUGUGUGCCCCAACUUGCCAGCUUACUUGCAAUGGUCUCACAACACCCGAAGGCUGCGAUGAGAGCGCCCCCUGCACUGAGGGUUGUGUGUGUGACGAUGGAUUUAUGCUGAGCCAUGACAAAUGUGUUCCUCUAGCGGAGUGUGGCUGUCAAUAUGAAGGACAGUAUUAUCAACGUGGGCAGGUUUUCUAUCUUGGAGAAUCAUGUAACACUCAGUGUGUCUGUGGAGACAAUGGACAAGUACAAUGUAAUCCUGAGUUCCACUGUUUGCAUAAUGAAAAGUGUGUGGUGACAGACGGCGUGGCCUCUUGUUCUCCCAAAAGUAUCGCUUCCUGUUCUAUUUGCGGCGUUAGAUCGGUUCUCUCUUUUGAUGGGAAGGCAUAUUCUCUGUUGGGAAAUUGCUUGUUCAAGUUCUCAGAGGUAGAUGUGGGCGAACACAUGGCAUCUUAUUCGGUGUUGGUUCAGCAACAAACCAACAAAGAUGGCUACGUCUCUCGCAGUGUUGAACUCCAGGUGUACGAUGUGGAGAUCACCAUGGAGACUGGGGUUGUUUGGGAGAUUAAGGUUGAUGGCAUCGCUGUCUCCCUGCCUGCAUCACUGACAGAUGGAAAGGUGCAAGCGUAUCAGAAUGGCAUCAACAUCAUCAUAGAAACUGACUUUGAUCUAAAGUUGACCUACGACACUGUAGCAGGCAUCAUGUUACAAAUCCCAUCCACCUAUCAAGGCUUACCAUCCGGUCUCUGUGGCAACUACAAUGACAAAUCAUCAGAUGACCUGGCGUCGGAGGAAGGAAAGCCGGCAAACGUUUCCGCUUCCGUCGUAGAAAAGGAUGAUGUGACCUGUGAGACAGGUUGUGCAAGUUCUUCCUGCCCUGACCCAAAUGGACAAACGACCCCAGAAGCUGAAAAGGCUUGUGACAUCAUCAGAGAUCAACACGGGCCAUUUUCAGGAUGCCAUGCUACAGUGUCUCCAAUGCCUAACUUUGACUCUUGCGUCAGGGAGAUGUCCUCAAAAGAAAAAGACCAGGAGGUUCUGUGUCGACACAUUCAGAAUUAUGUCCGCGCCUGCCAACUAGCCGGCACAAAGAUUAGCAAAUGGAGGAGUGACACCUUCUGUCCUCUGAAGUGUCUAGCAGGUAGUCACUAUGAGCUGUGCUCCUCCUCCUGCUCGUCCACCUGUGCCUCUCUGGAGAGGUCCGACCCCUGUCCAGUGUGCCAAGAGGGCUGCCAGUGUGACGACGGACUCAUGUCAGAUGGAAAUCGUUGUGUGCCUGUGGAGAAAUGUGGCUGCGUAGUGGACGGACACUAUUAUAAGUCAGAUACCCCGGUAUUAAAGGAGGACUGUUCUGAGCACUGUGUCUGCCGGUCUGGUCAGUUCACCUGUAAGCCCACAAGUUGCCAGGAGGGGGAAGAGUGCACCACGAAAGAUGGGACAAUGGGCUGCUUCCCCACAGACCCCUGUGUUGAGGUUGUGUGCCGAGCAAAAGAGCAUUGUGAAGUAUCAGAAGGUCAAGGAGUGUGCAUGCCUGACACGAAUGUUCUAUGUUGGGCUUUUGGCGACCCACACUACACAACAUUUGAUGGCUGGAGUUACUCUUUCCAAGGAACUUGCACAUAUGUUCUUGUCAACACCACAGGUGUUGACCCCUCCCUGCCAGAGGUAACUGUGACAACCAAAAAUGAGCUCCGUGGGAACUCUGAAGGCUCCUUUGUGCGUUCGGCCACUGUGGAGUUGUUGGGCUAUACUAUCUUCAUUCCAAGAGAUGAAAGAGGCUUUGUAUUGGUUGACGGUAUUAAGAUUGGUCUCCCAGUCUUCUUAGAUGAAGGCAGCAUUUCUAUAACAGAGUCAGGAGUAAGAGGCAUCCUACAAAGUGAUAUUGGCCUCACUGUCACAUUUGACUGGUCUACGCUGGUGAUGGUUUCCCUAAGCAGCAGCUAUUAUGGUCAUGUGGGUGGGCUUUGUGGCAACUACAAUGGCAAUAAGGAUGAUGAGAUGACAACUCCUGGAGGCCGCACUGCAGUCAAUGUGACAGACUGGGCGGGAACGUGGAGCGUGCAUGAUGGCGACCCAUUCUGUUACCAUUACUGCGAUGGAGUGUGUCCUCAAUGCUCUGAAGAGGACCGCGUAAGAUUCACUGGUCCUGAAUUCUGUGGGAUCCUUGGCAAUAAAAAGGGUCCAUUUUCCCAUUGCCAUGGUAGCGUGCCAAUCGGGGAGGCUGUGUCGGACUGCUUGUACGAUGUCUGUGUCAAUGCAGGACGACAUGAAGUACUGUGUGAGUCCUUGAGCAAUUACCUUGCUGAGUGCCAGGAAGCUGGAGCUCCUGUGUUGCCAUGGAGACAACAGGCCAACUGCACUAUUGAAUGUCCAGCAAACAGUCAUUAUGAGGUGUGUGGCCCAGCAUGUCCAGCCAGCUGUGGUGCUCAGCCAGAAGUGUGUCACCAGGCCUGCGUUGAGGGCUGCUUCUGUGACCAGGGAUAUGUUCUCAGCCGAAAUGGAUGUGUUGAAAAGGAGAAAGGUUGUGGCUGUAACCUUAACGGCUACUAUUACCUGCCGGGUGAGGUGUUCUGGACAGACUCGCAGUGCAAAGAACAAUGUGUGUGUGAUGCUGCGACGCAAACAGUACAAUGCAAGCCAAAGGGGUGUCGAUCCGGAGAACAGUGCCAAAUUGUGGAUGGAGUCCAGGACUGUUAUCCGAUCAGCUUCAAGACUUGCUCUGCACGGGGAGAUCCUCACUUCUACACCUUUGAUGGAUUCAAAUUUGACUUUCAGGGCAACUGUGUGUACCGGUUGGCCACUGUGUGUAAAAAUGCUGAAGGUCUUCAACACUUUGAGGUAAACCUGGAAAAUAACAAUCGUGGAAACAAAAGAGUUUCCUAUGCCAAGGUGGUGAUUGUAAAAGUGUUUGGAAACACAUACAAAUUCUCAGCGGACUAUCCAUAUAAAGUGCUGGUGGACGAGCUGAAAUACGCUCUGCCCUUCUCAUCCAAUCAAACACUGGUUCAGGUUUAUCGUAGGUACAGACUGGCUGUCCUCGAAACCACCUUUCUAAAGGUCUCUUUUGACUUUGCAAGUACAGCCAGAGUGGAGCUGGCCACAAGUUAUUACGGUACCAUGUGCGGUCUCUGUGGAAACUUCAACGAUAAUCCCGCUGAUGACUUGACGCUGCCCAAUGGGACGCCAGCUACUACUGCAAAUGAGUUUGGAAUAAGCCAAUGGGUCGCCAAUAGUCCAGGUUGCUCUAAAGAAUGUAAGGACUGUGCCCCGCCUCUCAACCCUGACACAAAACCACCAAGCUACACAUCAGUUUGUGACAUCAUCACAGCAGAGGAUGGGCCCCUGGCUGACUGCAUAGGCCGAAUGGAUUCCAAGCAGUUCCGUGACGACUGUAUCUAUGACAUGAUGCUGAUGGAUGGCAAACAGGAAGCUGCCUGUGACAUUAUUAGUAACUAUGUAGAAGAGUGUCAGGUGAAGGGAGGCUGUGUGAAGUCGUGGAGGACAAGGCGACUCUGCUGGAUGCAGUGUCCAGCCAACAGUAUGUACAGCGUCACAGCUCCUGGCUGUCCACUCAGCUGCACCUCUCUAUCAGCACCUGUUGAAUGUAAAGCUCCACCCAGUGAGGGCUGCAUGUGCAUCCCUGGUUAUGUUUUGAGCCAGGGUCGCUGCGUUGCACUAGCUGAGUGCGGGUGCCGUUUCCAAGGUUACUACAUUGAGUCAAGUGAGGCCUUCUACCCGGACUGCCAUCAGCUGUGUGCAUGCCAAGGGGGGGUGGUGUUCUGUAAGAGGACGCACUGCAGCAAACCUCAGACAUGUGGAGUUCUCAACGGGUCACUGGGCUGCUAUGAUAUAAAGGAGUUAUCCAUACGCCAUCAUGGGGAAAAAUGAUACUUUUUAUUCAACUCUAGACUACUACUUUAAAAGUAAAUAAGACUAGAUUAAAUCAUAAAAGUACUCAUCUGUGUUACCUUCACCUUUAAGGUGAUAAAGUAAUAAUUUGUUUGAUCAAUUACAUUUUAAGUCCCAUGUAAAAAUUGAAACAACCCGUACUCUGAAAACUAGUCUGUUUCACGUAUCAAUCCAGAUCUUCUCAUCACUAUUAAAUGAAUUUCUGCAGCAU